AUGUUAAACUUUAAUGGGUCAACCAAAAGACGAAAUGUAAACUUAGGGUCCCGUAGUCAGGUUAAGAGGACUGAUUUGAUAGAAAGGGCCAAAAUAGAACGUGAAAGGAGGGCAGAGGAAAAGAAAUCCAAUGAAGCUGCCAUUUUGAUCCAGAAAACUGCUAGACAGUGGCUAAUCAAGAAGAAGGUAUUUGCUGCAUUCCUCAAGGGUACAAAUAUUCAUGUAUAUAGGUUGAUUGUGGCAUUUUCGCCAAGCAUCUUCUAUUUUACCUCGAAGGCAGACAUGGAGUCGUUAAUCAAACAAUGCUCCAUAGAUGAUGCAACCGUGUACUGGAAGGCGACUAGAUUGUUGGAACUAAGCCCUGUUUUAAAUAUACCGAACGAUCUGAUUCAAACUAUAACGUUCAAGCUAAAUAAUUCAAGGUAUGACCCCUUAACCCCCCCCAUACCGCAACGUUAUUCAGCUGCAACAAAGCUAACUAGAAGCAGGGAGAUAGAAAAUAUCAUACAAUCAAGAUUAUCAAUUAUGCAAUCUUCGACGGGUAUUUUAAGUGAUGAUUUUCUUGAACAACUUUUGGAAGUUGUACCUAAUGAGAGGGUUUUCAUGGAUUUUGAAGCUAUAAAGUGGUCAUCACUAUACACAAUGGACCAUGCUUCAGUUAGAAGAAUGGAGAAUCUAACCAAUUGGUUGAAAAAAAUAUCAAAAAUAUUAUGCCCAGAAAUAGUAUUGCUUCAAGAGCAAUUAUCAGAUGAUAUAAUAUAUUACAUGGUGUUUCUGUUUGCUGACCUAAAUGGCCCCAUAUCAUCUACCAUAUGUUCAGUUAUCUGCUCAUGUAUGAGUAAGAAUAAGAGCUUCAAAUUUGAUUCUGAAAACUAUUUCUUCUCUUAUGUGGAAAAGUUAUAUUCUUAUAGUUUAGCUAGCAUCUUAUGCGAGUUUUUUCAUACCAAGUCGGUAUUAGAUGCUAGUGUUUAUGCUAGAACACUUAUUAAAAAUGCUCCAAGCCCUAGACAUUCCCAAGUAUUGUUAUUAGGAUUGGUUGCAGAUAACAAAGCUAUGGAUUCAUUAAUAAAGGGGUGUAAUAAUAAUGAAGAUGUGAAUGAGGACGUAUUUUUGUUGUUGGUUGAAUGUUUAGACGUCUAUCUGUUAUACGUUGGUGAUACCACUUUCUUAGGGCCAAGGAGUAGCUUCCUGCUAGAGUAUGUCAUUAAAUUCUGCAAAUUGUUAAAGUUUAAGAUAAUAGAACUAAUUAUGGGUCAUCAAAAUGAAUACGAUUCCUUCAAAAUGCACAACUUUCUAUCAUUGGCACAGAAACUGCAUGCCCGUAGCUCAAGGUCUAACUUUCUACCUUUUGAGGAGACUUAUGAUUUUUGGGUCAUAACAAAUAACACUAUACAACGGUGCGAUCUCACCGAAGUGCUCCUCAAUUUUGAUGAUUAUUAUAGAAAGGAACUUGAUGCUUUAACAGGCGGCGACGAUAAUAAGUUCGACGCAUUGAAUUUUGAUCGCAGAGGGUAUGAAAACUCCAUAAAAGAGAAAUUCUUUGAAUUGAAAUCCCCCAAAAAUGCUCCCUGGGGUUCACUGACUUUACGAAAACUUGAUAUUCUUUUAAGGGCUCCAUUCCUAAUUCCCUUCAAUGAACGUGUUUCAUAUUUUGAAAAGUUGAUCCAGCAUGAUAACGAAAGGUUGCACUCAAGGUCGGAUCUCUAUUUUGCUUUUGGACUUACUCAACAGUUUUUCCCCAAUGGCAGGCGUCAAAGGGCAACGAUUUCAAGAUCUAGAAUACUAGAAGAUGCAUAUGAAGCAUUUAAUCCGAUUGGAGAAGCUUUUAAGGAACAACUUGCAGUUACAUUUGUUAAUGAAUUUGGCCCUGAGGUCGGCAUUGACGGCGGUGGAAUAACAAAGGAAUUUCUAACUAGCAUAAGUGACGAGGGAUUUAACAAGGAUAAGUAUGGUUUAUUUGAAAGUAAUAGUUCUUAUGAGUUAUAUCCUUCAGAUACUGCCACUUCACCUCUGCAAUUGAAAUACCUUCAAUUCUUGGGCAAGAUAUUGGGUAAAUGUCUUUACGAAAAGGUCCUUAUUGAUGUUAAUUUCGCAGAUUUUUUCUUGCACAAACUUUUAAACACAUCAAAGAAUAUGGUUUGCUCUUUUGACAAUUUAUCAUCUUUUGAUCAAGAGUUGUAUGACAAUUUGAAUAAAUUAUUCGACAUGACCAAUGACGAGCUUCUGCAAUUAGAUUUGAGAAUGGAACUUUUUGAUAAUGCCACCAAAAAGUUUGUUGAGCUUAUUCCUGGGGGUUCCGAUAUACCAGUUAGUGUCACAAAUGUUCGGCAGUAUGCUAUGGCAAUCGCUAGUUACAAGAUCAACGCUAAAUUGUAUAAACCAACUCUAUUUUUUCAAACUGGGAUGUCAACAAUAAUCCCACCUCAUUGGAUCUCAAUAUUCAGCAGUCGUGAAAUAAGUAAUUUGAUUUCUGGGGGUGGCAAAGAUAUUGAUUUAUCAGACUUAAAGGCCAAUGUCACAUAUGGUGGUUAUGUGGAAACUGACAAGACUAUUCAAGAUUUGUGGCAGUUGCUAAUUGAAUUUACCCCCGAGGAAAGAUGUAAAUUUAUUAAAUUCGCCACUUCCGUCCCUAGAGCUCCACUCCUAGGUUUCCAAAUGUUAAACCCGAAUUUUGGAAUCCACAAUGCAGGUAGGGAUGGUAAUAGGCUACCUACCGCAUCGACUUGCGUAAACCUAUUGAAGCUUCCAGACUACCAAGACAAAAAUCUACUCAGAGAAAAAUUGCUUUACGCAAUUAACGCAGAAGCCAGGUUCGACUUGUCCUAA